UUAUGUUUUCUCUCACAUCUUGUUCAUAAAUAAUAGAAGGAAGCAAAAAAAUAAAUGAAAGCAAGAAGAGAAGAAAGAUGUGUGGAGGAGCAAUCAUUUCCGACUUCAUCGCCGUCAAACGUUGCCGGGAUCUGACUACUCAGGAUCUCUGGUCCGACUUCGAUACCAUCUCCGAUCUCCUGGGCUUCGAUUUCAGUGAGAAAGAUAGCUCUACUCAGUCAUCUGAUGAACCCCAGAAACCAUCCAAAGGAGUCUCAGGGACGAGUACUAAGAAAUCGAAAAAGACGAGCUCCGAUGCGGGGAAGGAGAAGAGCAAGAGCAAGAAAGGAGGAGGAGGAAAAAGAACAGAAAGGAAGAAUAUCUAUAGGGGCAUAAGGCAGAGGCCAUGGGGAAAAUGGGCAGCUGAGAUACGAGACCCAAGAAAGGGAGUCCGCGUUUGGCUUGGCACUUACAAUACCGCAGAAGAAGCUGCCAUAGCAUAUGAUGAGGCAGCAAAGGGAAUCCGAGGCAACAAGGCUAAGCUCAACUUCCCAGGUCCUGGACCAGCUAAAAGGCAGUGCCUUGAUUCUCUUGAACCAGAGACGGGCCAGAAGAGUUUCCAGGAACUGAUGGGUUAUCCAUUAAAAGAGGAAGAGAUAGGACCACCGAUGAGUAGUAAUACCAAUAAUCAAGCUACCAGUGGUGACGAUGAGAUGAUGAUGAAAGGGCAGAUAUCAAGUUUGGAAUCGUUUCUGGGGCUGAAGCCCGAGUCAUCUGAGUCAGAGGUGGCCAGCCCAAACGAGUUGGAUGAUGUUUGGUUGUGGGACGACGUCCUCCUAACUCCUCAUCAUCUCGUUUACUGAAACUCAUUUACUAUGCUACUUAAGAGGGAGACAGUACUCUACGUCCCUCUCUCUCUCUCUCUUAACAUGUGUGUGUGGCGCGUGUGGUUUACUAUUAUUAUUAGUUGUGGUUUUCUAUAAAUAAUCGAAAUGUAAGACCUUAAUUAAACAAGAUUAGUACUAUUAUUGUAAAUUAAAUAAAUGUGGCAUGUGGUGGGAUGAGUUUGAUGA